AUGCGUGGCUUUCUUACCCUCGCCGUCUCUCUUUCGGCCCUGUUUUUCACCGGAACAGCGGCCUAUCCCACUGACCCCGUUGAUCUCGAGACCAGAGGCAACAUUGCCAAGCGUUCGCUACCAAAGCUCGUUCACUUCGACAAUAACAACCCCGAUGACCGAAAGAAAAACCUCAAAAUUCGACAAGCCUUUCGAGACAGUCUUCAGCUAAUGGAUCAUUCUGUUCAACAGCUUCAAGACAACGUGUUCAAGCAGUACUUCAAUGAAGGUGACAGGAGCAAGGCUCAAGAUGUGUUCAAGAAGGCCCUUGGCGGUGAUCCCGGCAGAGGUGCGAGUGAACUUGUAGACUUUUACAACUAG